AUGACGAUCAAACGGUUGAUGCAGCUGAAAGAGAGAAAAGAUGCGUUGUGUUUGGAAAUCGAUGAGCUGAAAAAGCGAGUGGGUUUGGUGGAGAUGGAACGCGAUCGUUUACAGCAAUUCUGGACGACGGCUAAGUGCAAUCUGAUCAAGGAAAAGGAUUUCAGUAUUGCCGUCCAAAAGCGAUAUCAUAACGCGGCUACAGCACACGCACGACAGCUUGCUCUAUUGAAAAAGCAAAUUCGAAUGCUUUUGCUGAAUACACGAACGUACUGCGUAGCAUCGACACAAACAGAUCCGAUUCUGGAAACAGAAGAUAGAAGAAGUGAAGGUGUGCAGACUGUGGAAGAACUCAACAGGGAGUAUGUGAUGGAUGUUGUGAAGAAGGACGAUCGAGAGUUAGUUGAAUUCAUCCAACAGAUUAUCCAUGAGAGAUCUGUGGACAGAGCUGAACAUCGAAGAGCGUUGCUCGAGUUGGAACAACGACUGAAAGACGAACAUCUCAUAGAAAUUGGCAAGUUACGAGGCGAAAAGUUGCGAGAUUUCGAAGAACUAAGCUCGUCUCAUCGUCAAAAGCUUAGUGCCAUCAAUGCUAAAUUUUUGGCCGAAAAGGAACUCAAUGCUGAACUUGAAUGUCGAAUGCAGAGAGAAGGUCAACGAUUGAAUCAGAGAGUUGGCGCCCUCGAAGAUGAGGUGAACGGUUUGAAAGAUGAUCACAUCAAAUACGAAUCCGAAGUUCGUGCAUUGCGUAAAGAAAAUGAAGCAUUGAGCAGUGAACUGCAAUGGAGACGAGUUCAAUCUGCCAAUCGCUAUCGAAAUAUGGACAUCAUAAAAGAUCUGAAAGAGAAACUAGCUAAAAGCGACGACUUGAAAGAGAUUGUUUUGGGUGAAUAUCGAAAACUGGAAAUGGAACGAGACGCACUCGCAAAAGCUUUGAAUACUCGUUUUUGA